AUGAGUCUCAACUUAACCUCCGACGGAUCUCCAACGCCUCGCAAGACCUUGGGACGUUUCAACAUGGCUGACGAUCUUGGUGGCAACUCGUCCCCUGAUUCUCUGGGAGCGGUAGGCUCUCGCUAUGCAUAUAAAAUUCCUAUCCAACUCUGGCCGCCAUCAUUGACCUCGCAGUUGCAGGGCGUCAAGCGGCCCCUCAAUCUGUCUGCUCGCAAGCACAAUCUCCAAGGCCAGGACAAUGCCUCCACCUGCUCUGAUGCCACCAUUGUCGACCCAUACAAGCUAAAGGUUGAGCAAGUCCCCCAAGGCCAAGGCCCGUCUGUUGUCGACGCCCUCCUCUCACGUCUCAACGAACCAGUCCCGCACUUGUCGUCGCCCAUUACCCCCACCCCUACUUCGAGCUUCGGGUCCGACGCCGCGAAUAUCCACUCAUCCAAUGGCUCCGUGCCCAUUACUCCAGCCACCGACGAAUUCCCUCCUAGCGCCAUGGUGGUGGACACUGCUGAGUUUCAACGACUCAAGGAUGAGCUGCAGCAGGCCCGCAACGAGCUUACACGGAUGAAUCAAGAGCUUCACACCACAAAUCAAAUCAAGUCGACAUUUGAUCAUGCUAUGGGCCCUUCCUCGUCGGACACAGACUACUACUACAAGGGUGAGGUCAGCGAGCAGACCAUUACUCAACUGCAGAGUCGCUUCAACGCUUCGACGCGCCCCAUCGUAGGACGUCUGGAUGUUUGGCCGACGCAAGAGGACAAUAUGUCUGAGAAGGGCGACCCGAAGAAUUUUGGCCCGGCCAUCUGGAACAACCCAGGCAGGCAGCCUCAGUAUACCCCCGGUUGGGGAGUACCCUUCAACAAUCAGACCUUCGGUCCGAUCCAGCCUCGCCCGGUCACUGGACAGUCAGGCUAUCGUCGCAACGGCUUCUUGAACGAGCCCACUCACUUCCCGCUGGAUCAGAACUUUCGCGGUGGUUUAGCCUCCAAUCCCCCUAGUCGCCCAAGCUCUGCCUUCGAUGGGCCUCGCUUCAAUUCUUGCACUGGGUACAACAAUGCUCUGAUCCCUGCCGGGAAUGUCAGCCCCACGAUGCCGUCCAUGCAUGCGCCCAUUGGCAUGUAUGGCUCUUCCGCGGCUUUGACUCCCUAUGGACGUGGUAUGCACAUGGGAACGCGCCUGUCACCCGAGGCAGCUGAAUUCAGUGUUGAGACGAUGCCUUCCACCCCGUGGAAUUCUCAGGCCCCCAGCGAGUCUGGUCGUUAUAUCACCCCGGUUGAGCCUGUGAACUAUCGCCGUCUCCUUGAUCGUAAUGCCAACUGCGACUGGAAGUGGAUUGUCGACAAGAUUAUCUGCAACAAUGACCAGCAAGCUUCGAUUUUCCUGCAGCAGAAGCUAAAGGUCGGCACGCCGGAGCAGAAGUACGAGAUUGUGGAGGCAAUCAUUGCUCAGGCAUACCCACUUAUGAUCAAUCGUUUCGGGAACUUCCUCGUUCAGCGUUGCUUUGAGCACGGUACACCGGAUCAGAUCGUUGCAAUUGCGCAAGCCAUUCGCGGCAAUACCCUCAAUCUCAGCAUGGAUGCUUUCGGUUGCCACGUCGUCCAGAAGGCCUUUGACGCUGUUCCGGAGGAAUACAAAGCUACCAUGGUCCAUGAGCUCCUCCGCCGCAUCCCCGAAACUGUGAUUCACCGUUACGCUUGCCAUGUUUGGCAGAAGCUGUUCGAACUGCGCUGGAGCGACUCUCCUCCCCAGAUCAUGCGAUAUGUUAAUGAGGCCCUCCGCGGAAUGUGGCAUGAAGUAGCGCUUGGUGAGACAGGUAGCUUGGUCGUUCAGAACAUCUUCGAGAACUGCCUUGAGGAAGACAAGCGCCCCUGCAUCAAUGAGGUCCUCGCCAGCAUCGAUGUCAUUGCCCAUGGACAAUUCGGCAAUUGGUGCAUUCAGCACAUUUGUGAACACGGAGCUCCCGCUGACCGCAACCGCGCGAUUGAGCACAUUCUGCGAUUUGCCACCGAGUACAGUAUGGAUCAGUACGCUUCCAAGGUGAUUGAGAAGUGCCUCAAGAUCGGAGGUAAUGAGUUCCUUGAUCGCUACUUGGAGCGUGUCUGUGAGGGUCGUCCUGAGCGUCCCCGCAUGCCAUUGAUCGACAGUAAAUCUAUCCUUCCUAAGCUUCUUGCUCGACUUGUGCUAACAACCCCACCAGUUGCUGGUGACCAGUUCGGAAACUACCUGAUCCAGUACAUCUUGACCAACAGCAGCGCUCAUCACCGCGAGCUUGUCGCCUCUCACGUCCGCAAGCAUAUGGUCUCCCUCCGCGGCUCCAAGUAUGGUUCACGCGUUGCCAUGCUUUGCUGCAACCCUGCCUUGGCUACUCGUCCCGGACCGCCCGCAGGCAUGCAACUCAACCGCUAUGGGACCUCUCAGCGCAGCAAUGGUUACAACGCCUUCCGCGCCUAG